GCGGACGGGCCGCCUCCCCCCCACCGCGAACACCUGGCGGAGCCGGGCUCCCGGAGCCCGCGCGGAGAGCAUCCUCCAGCUCCCAUCUGCUCCCGCGGGAGGGUGGGGGCUUGGGCUGGAGCCGGAGUGUGGAUGGGCACAGACUCCCCCUCCCCCCGGCCCCUCAGGCCGGGGGUGACCUUGCCCCCUGGAACCCUCACCAUGAAUACCAAGGACACCACCGAGGUUGCCGAGAACAGCCACCGCCUGAAGAUCUUUCUCCCCAAGAAGCUGCUGGAGUGUCUUCCUCGCUGUCCACUGCUGCCUCCAGAGCGGCUUCGCUGGAAUACAAAUGAGGAGAUCGCAUCCUACUUGAUCACCUUUGAGAAGCAUGACGAGUGGCUGUCCUGUGCCCCAAAGACAAGGCCUCGGAACGGCUCCAUCAUCCUGUACAAUCGCAAGAAGGUGAAGUACCGGAAGGACGGCUACCUGUGGAAGAAGCGGAGGGACGGGAAGACCACGCGCGAGGACCACAUGAAGCUGAAGGUCCAGGGCAUGGAGCCUGUCUCCUGGCAGUGUCUCUAUGGCUGCUACGUUCACUCUUCCAUCGUCCCCACAUUCCAUCGGCGCUGCUACUGGCUGCUGCAGAACCCUGACAUCGUGCUUGUGCACUACUUGAACGUCCCGGCCCUGGAGGACUGUGGGAAGGGCUGCAGCCCCAUCUUCUGUUCCAUCAGCAGCGACCGGCGCGAGUGGCUGAAGUGGUCCCGGGAAGAGCUGCUGGGGCAGCUGAAGCCCAUGUUUCAUGGCAUCAAGUGGAGCUGUGGGAACGGGACAGAGGAGUUCUCUGUGGAGCAGCUGGUGCAGCAGAUCCUGGACACGCACCCCACCAAGCCUGCGCCGCGAACCCACGCCUGCCUGUGCAGCGGGGGCCUCGGUUCCGGAAGCCUGACCCACAAAUGCAGCAGCACGAAACACCGCAUCAUUUCUCCGAAAGUGGAGCCCCGAGCGUUAACCCUGACCUCAGUCCCCCAUCCCCCUGAGCCCCCUCCGCUGAUAGCCCCUCUUCCUCCGGAGCUCCCCAAGGCACAUACUUCCCCUUCCUCUUCUUCCUCCUCCUCCUCCUCUUCCUCUGGCUUUGCAGAACCCCUAGAGAUCAGACCUAGCCCUCCCACCUCUCGAGGGGGUUCAUCAAGAGGAGGCACAGCCAUCCUCCUCCUGACGGGACUGGAGCAGCGGACCGGGGGCUUGACGCCCGCCAGGCACUUGGCUCCCCAGGCGGAUCCUAGGCCUCCCAUGAGCUUGGCUGUGGUUGUAGGCUCAGAGGCCUCUGCCCCACCGGCUCCUCCCAGCCCUGCCUUUGACCCGGAUCGUUUUCUCAACAGCCCCCAGAGGGGCCAGACAUACGGAGGGGGGCAGGGGGUAAACCCAGACUUCCCAGAGGCAGAGGCCGCCCACACCCCCUGCCCUGCCCUAGAGCCCGCUGCUGCCCUGGAGCCCCAGGCAGCUGCUCGGGGUCCCCCUCCUCCGCCAGGAGCAGGUGGGAGAAGAGGAAACCGCUUUUUCAUUCAAGAUGAUGGCAGUGGGGAGGAGCUCAAGGCCCAGGGGGCCACCCCACCCGCACCUUCACCCCCUCCUUCACCCCCUCCUUCACCCGCCCCCCUGGAGCCAGCAGGCAGGGGAGGUAGAGGGGAGGCCUUGUUUGGAGGAGCUGCUGGGGCCAGCGAACUGGAGCCCUUCAGUCUUGCAUCAUUCCCAGACCUCAUGGGGGAGCUCAUCAGUGACGAGGCUUCAGGCGCCCCUGCCCCAGCCGCCCAGCUCUCUCCUGCUCUUAGCACCAUCACGGACUUCUCCCCAGAGUGGUCCUACCCGGAGGGUGGUGUCAAGGUGCUCAUCACAGGCCCCUGGACAGAGGCCGCCGAGCACUACUCCUGUGUCUUCGAUCACAUCGCUGUGCCGGCCUCGCUUGUUCAGCCCGGGGUCUUACGCUGCUACUGUCCUGCCCAUGAGGUGGGGCUGGUGUCUCUGCAGGUGGCAGGCCGGGAGGGGCCCCUUUCUGCCUCUGUGCUCUUUGAGUAUCGAGCCCGCCGGUUCCUGUCACUGCCUAGUACUCAGCUUGACUGGUUGUCAUUGGAUGACAACCAGUUCCGAAUGUCCAUUCUGGAGCGGCUGGAGCAGAUGGAGAAGCGGAUGGCGGACAUGGCAGCAGCCGGACAGGCUCCCUGCCGCGGUCCUGACACGCCUCCAAUCCAGGAUGAAGGCCAGGGGCCAGGCUUCGAGGCUCGAGUGGUGGUCCUGGUAGAGAGCAUGAUCCCUCGCUCCACCCAGAGGGGCCCUGAGCGCCUGGCCCACGGGAGCCCCUUCCGUGGCAUGAGUCUCCUGCACCUGGCCGCUGCCCAGGGCUACGCACGCCUCAUCGAGACACUGAGCCAGUGGCGGAGCGUGGGGACGGGGAGUUUGGACUUGGAGCAAGAGGCUGACCCGCUCAAUGUGGACCACUUCUCCUGCACCCCGCUGAUGUGGGCCUGUGCCCUGGGCCACCUGGAAGCCGCGGUGCUCCUCUUCCGCUGGAACCGACAGGCGCUGAGCAUUCCCGACUCCCUGGGCCGGCUGCCCCUGUCCGUGGCGCACUCCCGGGGUCACGUGCGCCUUGCCCGCUGCCUGGAGGAACUGCAGAGACAGGAAGCUUCAGCUGAGCCCCCGCUCGCCCUGUCGCCACCCUCCUCCAGUCCUGACACUGGGCUGAGCAGCAUCUCCUCGCCCUCGGAGCUGUCAGAGGGCACCUUCUCCGUCACGUCUGCCUACUCCAGCGCCCCAGAUGGUAGUCCUCUGCCAGCCUCCGAGACUGUCCCUGGCCAGCUUUCCGCCGGUGGCCCCGAGGUCCCCCUGUUCCUCAUGGACUGUGAAACCACCAAUGCCCACGGGCCAGCCCCCUCCCCACCUCCUCUUCCAGCAGCCCCAGAAGGUGGGGCUGCCCCUGAGGAAGCAGAUGGCCUGCCAGCUGUGGACGUGAUCCCGGUAGACAUGAUCUCGCUGGCCAAGCAGAUCAUCGAAGCCACGCCAGAGCGGAUUAAGCGAGAGGACUUCGUGGGGCUGCCCGAGGCCGGAGCAUCCACGAGGGAGCGGACAGGGGCCCUGGGGCUCAGCGAGACUAUGUCCUGGCUGGCCAGCUACCUGGAGAACGUGGACCAUUUCCCCAGCUCAGGCCCCCCCAGCGAAUUGCCCUUUGAGCGUGGGCGCCCGGCUGUCCCUCCAGCCCCUUCCUGGGCAGAGUUCCUGUCUGCCUCAGCCAGCGGCAAGAUGGAGAGUGAUUUCGCUCUGCUGACGCUGUCGGAUCACGAGCAGCGGGAACUGUACGAGGCCGCACGCGUCAUCCAGACGGCCUUCCGAAAGUACAAGGGCCGGAGGCUGAAGGAGCAGCAGGAGGUGGCGGCGGCUGUGAUCCAGCGCUGCUACCGGAAGUACAAGCAGCUGACCUGGAUUGCGCUUAAGUUUGCGCUCUAUAAGAAGAUGACCCAGGCGGCCAUCCUGAUCCAGAGCAAGUUUCGAAGCUACUACGAACAGAAGCGCUUCCAGCAGAGCCGCAGGGCGGCUGUGCUCAUCCAGCAGCACUACCGCUCCUACCGCAGGCGGCCCGGGCCUCCCCACCGGCCCACAGGCAGCCUGCCCGCCCGUAGCAAGUACGGCUGCCCGCAGCCCUGCAUGCCCAGAGGCUCCUUCCUCACCAAGAAGCAGGACCAGGCAGCCCGGAAGAUCAUGAGAUUCCUGCGGCGCUGCCGACACAGGAUGAGGGAACUGAAGCAGAACCAGGAGCUGGAAGGGAUCCCCCAGCCCGGACUGGCAACCUGACUGCGCCCCGCCUUCCCCAGCGCUCUGGGGGCCGCUUCUGGCAGUCUCAACAGGGAGAGGCCUCUCCGGGGGAGGGGAGCCCCUGUCGGCAGCUGUCCCCGUCCCUAGGUCUCCCCCAUGGGUCGCGACCCCGCUUCCGCG